AUGGCCUCCCCUAGCCCAUCCAAAGGCGGCCUGCGCUCGCGCAUGGGCACCAUGCUGCGCCGCACGUCCUCCGUCUUCUCUAAGGACAAGGAGGGCUCCCGUUCCUCAUCUCCCGUACCGGGGCAGCUCCCGUCGUCAGCAUCCCAAGAGUCGCUCAGGAAACUCGAUACGAAGGCGCAGCCGCCCGCGGCAGCGCCGGAGCACCACCAACCCAGCCCGAUCGCAGAGUCGCCUGCGCGCGAGGCGGCGUCGCUCACUGCGGAGCCCACCGCCCCCGCGGCGGCGCAUGGGCCGUCGCCGCUCGCGAAUGCUAUCGCGGCGGAGUCUUCGCAGAGCGUGGGCGCGGCGAGCAGCGUGGGGCAGCCCAUCCUCACUGACGGCGCCGGCCCGGGCGGCUUCACCGAGGAGCCCGAGGGCAUGUCGACGCUCGGCUCGCACGAUGGCCACGCGCCAUCGCACCAUGAGGCGCAGCCUGUAGAGCCCGCCGUCGAGGCGCCCAAGGAGCCCGAGCCUGCCCCUGCCCCCGCUGCUGAGCCGACGCGUCAAGAUGCCUCCACGUCGCCCAUCCAGGCUGCUCCCCAGACGCCUGUCCCCGCGCCUGCCCUCGAGGUCCCCGCUCCCCAGCCUCAAGUGAUCACCCCGGAGACGUCUCCUGGCUACUUCGAGAUCCCAGUUUCUGCAGUCACUCAGCCUGGUCCCACGCUCUCGAGCACCUCCAUGGACGACGACAUCAACGAGGCGGACAUCGUCAUCGGCCAGGCGCCUCAGAAGCAGGUCGAGGUCACGCGUCCUUCUUCUCCUGCCGCUGGCGCCGACAACGCUACCGACGCGUGGAAGGCGGCUGCUGAUGCUAACAGCCCCCUCGCGCAGGAUGAGGCUCAAGCCAAGUCCCCAGCGCCUUAUGGCGAUCCGUUCACGGACCCCGACGCUCAUGACUAUGAGGUGGUGGAACCGGCGGGCAUGCCCAUCCCUCAGCAUGAGAACGGCAACGGCUACCACGUCGAAGCUGCUUCCCCCGUCCAGGUGCCUGUCCCGCAGAGUGCUGCUCCCCCUACCGAGACACAGCCCCUUCUCGCUGGCGGCGCUGCCUCCCUCUACGGCGAACCCUCCUUCGCUCAGCACGAGUGGAUCCGCUACACGCUCCCCGACCCCGGCAGCACCGCGUACUACGUGCACCCCGGCCGCGCCAUCACGACCGACAUCGAUCUCACCCUCCCCGAGAACCUCGCCGCGGUGCAAGCCUUCCUCACGAGCACGCACCGCCAGCGCGACGGUGCGGAGAUGUGGCUCGUGCGCAAGGAGGAGCAGGGAAGUGACGCCGCGCGUAAGCAUGACAAGCACGACAAGCGCCGGUCGUCAGACCACGGCUUCAAGCUGCUGUGGGUCGACCACGGCCGUCGUCGCUGCCUCACGCAAGAGUCGUACUCGCGUGGUGACAAAGACGCGGAGGCGCGCUACUGGGCCUUCAUGGAGGCGCAUCCCGCGCACACCACCCUGCCCACAAAUGCUCGCAACGAGGCCAUCGAGGCGCUCAUGUGGAUCUACAGUGAUAUAGACAACGUGAUCCCAGAGCAACCCGGCACCCGUGCCUCCGCUCCCUUCUCCCGCGAGGAGUGCCAGUCCAUCCUCCGCGUGUUGCGUGAUCAGACGCACGAAGAGUUCGGCGACUCAAUCAUCCAAAUCCGCCUCAUCGCCCGGAUCAUGCGGCGAGUUGCACAGUGGCGCGCGCACGGCGGCGCGGGCAUCCCCCAGCACUCCUCCGUCGCGGACGUUGCGAUCUCGAUGGUGUCCGCGCUCUGCCUCGGCCUGCCCUACCUCUUCCUCGCGAACGACCGCUCGCACGCGGUGAACGCGCUGCGCGACCUCGAGGGCAGCUUCUCGCACGUCGUGAGCCUCUCGCCCGCAGUUUAUCUUGCUGGCGCGUGCACGUGCAUCAUGGGCGCGGUCGUGUUGAGCGCAUCUGUGACGCUGCUUUCUCUUCCAGGGCUGGACAGCGUCGCGCGCGUGGCUGGCUUCGUCGCCGCACUCGUCUCGGCCUUCUCGAUGGUUUCUGCCGUUGUGGCCCUUGUUCGGUUCCAGUCGGACCUAACGACGGUCUCGCUCGGUGAGGGGAUGAUUGUCCUCUCCCGCCGUCACGUCCUCAUGUCGGUCCCGGUUGCCCUCCUCAUAUACUCAGUGAUCGCGCUAGUCGUGGCACUCGUUGUAUAUGCCUUUCGAGGCGCCGUGGUAAAUCCGUCCAUGCACAUCGAGCGCCACUUUGGAUCGUACACGACGUGGUCUACCCUCGCUGUCCUUGGUGGCCUCCUUGGCAUGCUGACCAUGUCCUUCAUGUCCCUUCGCCGUUACUGAACGGCGUACGACUCUCAUGGUUCCCUCUAUGUACUCUUCUGGAAUUCACCCAAGCUAACUUAUUGUACGACUGCACAUCACCAUGACUAGAUAUGCCACACUACUAUCUGCGUUCUUUUGAGAACUGUAUCACUGCUGUACUACCUAUGUCUGUUGUACCAUCGCUCUUUGUGUCUGUGGUGUUGUGCAUAACGAGCUGUUUUCUGGGAUCUGCAUGGUUUGAAGCUUGAGCCUUGGCACUAAUGGAAGAAAGAUGAGCUCCGUGAGUAUCGGU